AGUACUUCGCCACAACAGGCUUCCAGUGUCUCCAAAGGAGCAGGUUGAAUCCGUGAGCACCGACAGCAAAUUCCAAGGCUCGUCUUCUUCGGGUAGGAUAGGCGGUUUCGUCUUUCUAGCGACGGCGUUAGGACGCAGCUGCUACGCGCUGUCGUAGCACGCCGUUUUCGUGUCAGCCACGAAACCAAGGUUCGCUCGCAGGAACAACAAGAACAACAACAGCAUCAGUUCCCUCUCGUGUCAUGACCGCGGCUCUCGCUGCCGCCGCAAAGGCAGCGAUCCGGCCGCGCGCGCAGCGGCGGCAGGUGAUUCAGCUGACGGACGCCGCGGCGGAUCGGAUUCGCGAUCUGCUGACGAGGCGGAACAAGGAGUACCUGAAGCUCGGCGUGAAGUCGCGCGGCUGCAGCGGGAUGAGCUAUACUCUUACCUACGCGGACGCUCUCUUCCCCCUCUCUUAACGACGUUUCCCUCGCCUCCCUCAUGACACAUCGAGGACUACGCUCAAGAGAACCCCCAAGUCUCUGCUCCGUUUUUUACCUUAUUGCUCUCAGUUACCUCAAUUCGCCGUGUGUCCGCUCCCAUCGUCUCAUUCUGCUGUCCCCCGGUGCAUUGUGC